AUGAACUCCGCCGCCGCAGAUCUCGCGUGGCUGCCCGGCGACGCCGACGAACAGUUGGCCCUCGGACUCCGCGUGGUUUCCAACGCCUACAAAAGCCGCGCCCAAACCGCCGACGCCGAAGCGCGCCAGCUGAAGGCGCAGCUCGCCGAACGCGGAGAACAGGUUUCGAACUUGCAGAAGAAGUGCAGCGCGUUGGAAGUUCAGCUGAUGGAACAAACGCAAAGAGGAAAUCAACUCCUCGAAGAAAACAAACAACUCAUCAACGCCACUCGCAAACUGCAAAAAGACAUCCAGCGUUUGGAGAAUUUGAAGAAAGCCGUUUUGACUUCCAUCCAAGAAGACCGCCCGGAGGCCGACGACAGCCCAUUUGGAAGUGCCGAAGCCGCUUUUCCGGCGACUGCGCGGCGGACAGUAGCGGGUCAGCCCAACUCGCCCUCCAGCCAGAUCAGUUCGAUGGAAGACGCGGGCUUGAAGGGCGUCCGGCUGGACUUCCGCAGAACUGCGCAGGGGACAGUCCUCACCACCCACGAAGACCCUUCGGCCAACGCCGACGGCCGCGCUUUCUUCCGCGCCGCCCGGAGCCGCUUGUCUUUCGAAACCUUUAAUGCCUUUUUGGCGAACAUCAAAAGACUGAACAAUCAGCAGCAAGACCGAGAAGAGACUCUGAGGACUGCCGAGCGGCUUUUCGGCGAAGCAAAUGCAGAUCUUUUCGAAGACUUCAAAACUUUGCUGACUCGCCACGCCUGA